GAGACCAUCCCGUGCUUGCUACGGCACAGGCAUUUUAGUGCCUCCAAGUCAUUUCUUCAGAUGUGGAAAACUCAGACGAGAUCUAAACCGUUCAUUUGCAAUUCCAAUUAGUAAAUGGGCCAUACUCCAGGAUUCAGAGUCUUUGGAUUACCCAACCACUUCAAUAGAUGGCAUACCAAAGAACACUACAAUCUAAAAGCCAAUGGAUCACAUUAACCAGACCAUCCAAUCAAAGAAAGUUUCAAUCCGCAGCUAAUGGACGGAGGACCCCGCGAGUUACCUGGUUAGGAUCAUGAUAAAGAUGUACAGGGAAUUGGUAGUCCACCAGCUGUGCACUGUGAUCAUUCUACGGCCAACUUCACAAGGUAGGGCCCACCGCAAAUUGGAAAUUUUCUCUUAAUUAACAAAUGGACUUGACUGUAGACCGUUGACCAUUUAACUAUUUUAAGUGUCAAAUAGAAAAAAUGGCUAGUCUCAUUUCUGGAAAGUCAUACUUUUCUAAUGGUAUGAUCAUGACGAGACCUACCCUUUUAACGGCUCCGAUCAUCCGUAAGAAUAACACAACAAGUGUGAUUGGAAAUUUACGCCAGUGGUCCGCGGACUACAAUACUAGGCUUCAUGCUUAUAUACUGAAAGAGAGCCUCAGAGCGAGACAUAAGAGAAAGCAGGAAAUGAGGCUGCUUUGGGUAGUUGUGCGUGUCUUCUGCCUCUUUCUACUCCUCUCUCAAUGCAGCUGUCAAAGAGGGCCUGUACCACCUUCAAAUAGGGGUGCUUACCAUGAUUUGCCUACACCACCACCACCACCACCACCGACAGGUGGUGGGCCGCAGCGUCCAUGA